CCCAAGGAUCCACUUCUCUCUGACGUGUUUCCAGUUACCUUUAGGAGGGUGCUGAAAAAUCCGAAAAUAAAACCAUGUCUGAUCGAAUGGAAUCCCUUCAAAGUGACAAGGAAACGGAGUGGGAGAGUUCUCUCUGAUUUCCAAAAUUAAUGCCUAAGGAAAGAGAGAGAGAGAGAGAACACGGCAUCACUCCAGAGGACAUGCGGCGCACAGAAACAGUCAGCCGUGACCAACUGUAAUCCAAUCGGACAACCCCACCAGAAGAUGGCCGACGACAAUAUGACUUUAAAAUACACGGAGGAUGAGGCGUACACCACAGGCAACAGCGCCAAUAUGACUGACAUGAGUGAGCUGAUGCCCUUCGGUAUGGUCACGGCGGUGAUCUACGGCAUCGUCUUUAUCGUGGGUCUCCUGGGCAACACGCUGGCCAUCUUCGUGGUGAUCCGCUAUUCCAAGAUGAAGACAGUGACUAACAUGUACAUCCUCAAUUUAGCCUUGGCUGACGAACUCUACAUCUUAGGGAUUCCCUUCCUGGCCACCAACAGUGUGCUUUCCUACUGGCCGUAUGGAGAUUUCUUCUGCAAGGUGUGCAUGACGGCCGACGCAAUGAGCCAGUUCACGUCCACCUUUUGUCUGACGGUGAUGAGCAUCGAUCGCUACCUGGCCGUGGUUCAUCCUAUCCGCAGUGCCAAGUGGAGAAGGCCGCAGGUGGCGAAGAUUUUCAGUGGCAUGCUGUGGGUGGUGUCCUUUCUGGUGGUGUUGCCGGUCACCAUCUACUCACAUGUGCAGGAGGGACUCAAUACCUGCAAUAUCACGUGGCCUGAAAUGCAGAACUUGUGGUCUGUUGUGUUUAUCCUCCACACAUCCAUCUUAGGCUUCUUUGGACCGCUGCUUGUCAUCACCAUCUGCUACCUGCUAAUUGUCAUUAAGGUGAGGUCAGCAGGCGUGCGUGCCGGCGUGACCAAGCGGCGUAGGUCAGAACGUAAGGCGACGCGCAUGGUGGUGAUCAUCGUCGUGGUCUUUGUCUUUUGCUGGAUGCCUUUCUUCACGACCAACAUUGUCAACCUGGUGUACAUCAUCCCUGAGAACAACGUCACAGCUACAAUCUACUUCUUCUUAGUCAUCCUUACCUACGUCAACUCCUGCGCCAACCCCGUUCUCUACGGCUUCCUGUCGGAAAAAUUCAAUCAGAGCUUCCAGAAGGUGCUCUGUUUUUACAAAAAUCAAACCAUCGUGGACCAGAGGAAAGCUCGACGGGGUGCACCUCGAGAGACACCAGCGAACCGCCACGAUCCUCUUUUCUCAAACAGAAAUCCUACACACAAUGGAAAAGUACAGAACAUCCAGGGUGUCGAGAUGAAGGAUGUUGGAAACCUUGACAAAAAGCCUUCAACUACAAAAACAAUCUUGAACGGCCAGUCAAUGCAAUGAGAGGAUGACAAGUGGAACUGCGAAAGUUUACCCCUUAGUAUACUUUCAACUUAACUUCCAUGAUAGAUUUGAGUUUGAUAUUUUUGUAUUUCACACAGGCUACAUGGAUGGACGUCAAUAGAAAAGAAUGUUGGUUUUAAAAUGUAUGAAGUCCUCAAAUAACCUUAGAUCUCCUAUUAUUAGUUUGGUUUUAUUGAUUGUAUUAGCUAGAGAUCCUAAAGAGUUUAUAAAAGGAAUGAAUACAUACAAAAUCAAGUGUCAAACUAGGGCUGGGCGAUAUGGCCUUUUAUUAACAUCUCAAUAUUUUUAGGCCAUGUCACAAUACACGAUAUAUAUCUCGAUAUUUUGCCUUAGCCUUGAAUUAACACUUGAUGCAUAUAAUCACAGCAGUAUGAUGAUUCUAUGUGUCUACAUUAAAACAUUAUUGUCCAUACUGCAUUAAUAUAUGCUCAUUUUAAACUUUCAUGCUGAGAGGGAACUCACAACUAAGUCAAUUUACCAAAACUGUAUUUAUUAAACAGUUAUUAAGCAGUGGCACAAACAUUCAUGUAAUUUUCAAAACAGAAAAUGCAAGAUUGUCAGAGACAUUUUAAAACAAGCUAUGAGUGCACUUUUGUGCAUGAUGUCACUAAGAUGACAAAUCAAAACAAUACUAAAUUAAAGUGCACUUUCUGUACAGAACGCCACUACAAGUUUUAAAACAAAUAAAGUGCACUUUUGUGCAUGAUGUCACACAAGAUAUUUCAAUAACGGUCAAAUAAAAAUGAGCUGCAUAAUAGGAAAUCAAAUAGUGUAUGUCCUUCGCUAUGUGUAUGUAAGAAGGUGCACUUGUUUUGUGUCUCUGUGAGAAGGAGAGACAAGAAAAAGUAAGAAACGCCUGUAGUGUAAUGCCCGCAGCUAAAAGCAACUGCGUGAGAAUGAAUACUCACGAUAUAGUCAUUUUCUAUAUCGCACAGAGACAACCCGCGAUAUAUCGAGUAUAUUCAAUACAUCACGCAGCCCUAUGUCAAACUCAUUGUCAUUGAGGGCCAACCACAAGUAUUGUGGCCCUCAGAGGGCUGCUUGUAACAAUGAAUACAAUAUAAAUAUACAUGUAUAAGCACUCGCCUGAUAUUAUUACACAAUUGCCAGUCCAUUUGAUUAUUAUAUAUUUUUACAUGCACUGUAAAGAAAAAAUGGUGGCUCCGUUGUCAGAAUUUUACCAUAAAAUAUAGAGUCAUUUUUACAGCAUACAAUGGAUCUGGAAUGUAUUCACAGCGCUUCACUUUUUCCACAUUUUUUUAGGUUACUGCCUGAUUCCAAAAUGGAAUAAAUAAUUUUUUGUCCUCAAAACUCUAAAAACAAUACCCCAUAAUGACAAUGUGAUUUUUCAUUUAUUUUUAUUUUGCAAAAUUAAAAAAAAAAUCACAUGUGUGUAAGUAUAAACAGCCUUU